CCGGAAGUGCCGCUGCGUCGCGCACUUCCGGGUGAUGUCUGGACGCCGCCGCCGCCGCGCGUCUCCAGUCUCCGGGCCGCGCCCCCGCCCGCCGCCGCCGCCCGGGUCGUGGAGGCUGGAGCGACGUCACCGCCAUGGCUGGCAUCAAAGCUUUGAUUAGUUUGUCCUUUGGAGGAGCAAUUGGGCUGAUGUUUUUGAUGCUUGGAUGUGCCCUACCAAUAUACAGCACAUACUGGCCCCUCUUUGUUCUCUUCUUUUACAUCCUUUCACCUACUCCCUACUGCAUAGCAAGAAGGUUGGUGGAUGACACGGAUGGGAUGAGUAAUGCUUGUAAGGAACUUGCCAUCUUUCUCACAACAGGCAUUGUGGUCUCAGCUUUUGGACUUCCUAUCAUACUUGCCAGAGCACACUUGAUUGCCUGGGGAGCCUGCGCACUUGUUCUCACAGGAAACACAGUCAUCUUUGCAACUAUACUAGGCUUUUUCUUGGUCUUCGGAAGCAAUGAUGACUUCAGCUGGCAGCAGUGGUGAACAAAAGGAGUCACUGAACUAUUGUCACGUGGACUUGCUGUCCACAGCUGGCCACGAUGCUGGCAUGAGAAGGGGCAGCAGUGCCACCGGUGUAGCGCAAGCCUGGGGGGGGGUGGUAUUCUAGGUACUCCCUCCUCACUGUUAUUGUAUGCGUACUAUUUUCACAGAGACUUGCUGAAGGAUUAAAAGGAUUUUCUCUUUUGGAAAAGCUUGAUUGAUUUCACACUUAGCUAUUGUAUGCUUCUGUGGUGUCCUGCUGAAUCUUAAAAUAUUUAUGUGUUUCUCCUGCUCACUUUCCUUUUUUAAUCAAUUAUGCAAUGUUAAACAUUUUCUGAAUGUUAUAACCAUUGGCAUUGGUUUAGACAUUGAGAAUUCUUCUGGCUGCCUAGCUGGGCUAAAGUAUGUAUUUUCUCCAAAUUAAUCUCCAUUAUUAUGAAAUAUAUAAAAAUAA